AUUAUUGGGCAGCAAUGGGUGUUGCAGAUGAAUUAAGGCAACAAAAUAAUGAUAUUAAUAGCAAUCAACAACAACGUUCACUUACUUGGCUUUUGCCUUUAACUGAGAGUAGUGGGGAAUAUACUAGAAGACAUUUACCACCAUUAAAUAAUCAACAACAACAACAAAGAAUGCGUAGAAGACGAAGAUCUGUUUCACCUAUUACUGAAGUAACAGUUCAAUUGCCAACAUCUAUUUGUAGAGGAGGACGUCCAAUUCAUUCCUCUCGAUCAGUUGGUGGCCCUAUACCUUUGCAUCAAUCCCAAUCAUUAACCCUCGCAGAAUUUCAUGAACUUCUGCUUAGGAUUCAGCAAGAAAUGCAAACACGACAACAUUUAGAAGGAAUAGAACAACAACGGCAACAACAACAACUUAUCACUUCAACGAAUUGGGAGACAGAACAACAAUCCUUAUCAGCAAAUCAACAAAAUUAUCAUAAUGAUCUACCGAAUAAUUCUCUUUCUACUUAUCCAAUUGAGCCUCCACCUAGCUAUAAUGAACUAACAAACCAGCAAUAA